AUGGGCGAGGCGGAGGAGGAGGCGUCGCUGCACCGGCUGGCGGGCCUGGAGCCGGAGGCGCAGGAGGGCGGGCUGGUGCUGAAGAAGCGGAGCAGCGCGGCGGCCGAGCAGCACGUCUUCAAGCGGCCCGCGCCGCGCGCCUCCCUCCUCGGCCUCGACCUGCUGGCCGCCCAGAAGCGCCGCGACAGGGACCGGCAGGCCGGAGGGGCCGAGGCCGCCGCGGCGGGGAAGCGCCUCAAGGAGCAGGACGGCGCCGCCGAGGAGGAGGAGGGCGACGGCCAGGCCGCUGCCGCAGGGCGCCGCAAGGACAGGCAGUACCGCUCGGCCCGCGUGGAGACGCCUUCCCACACCGGGGGCGUCAGCGAGGAGUUCUGGGAGCGCAGCAGGCAGCGGGAGCGGGAGCGCCGCGAGCAAGGGGUCUACGCCUCUUCCAAGGAGGAGAAGGAGCGCAGAAGGGACCACGGCCGAGAGCGGGACCACGACCGCAAGCGGGACAGGGAAGAGCGGGAUAGAAGCCGCCGGAGGAGCAGCAGUCGGUCUGAGAGGGAGGCCUCAUCAGAGUGGAGCAGCUCUCGGAGGAACGAACCGGAAAGCCCUCGGCACCGACCCAAAGAUGCUGCUACGCCUUCCCGGUCCAGUUGGGAAGAGGAAGAUAGUGGCUACAGUGGUUCCCAGCGUUCCCAUUGGGAGUCUCCUUCCCCCACACCCUCCAGCCGGGAUUCUGAGCGAAGUCACCGGGCACCAGCAACCCGGGAUGGUGACAGGCGUGACCGGUCUAUUAGAAGUAAAUACCCGGAGGAAACCCCAUUGCCAACUCCAUCCUACAAAUACAACGAAUGGGCUGACAAUCAGCGUUCAUUGGGUGCACCGCCCUGGCUUUCCAGGGGCAGAGGGAGGCGUGAAGAGGGAGAGGACAGCAUUGCCUUUGAGACGGAAGAGGAGCGGCAGCAGUGGGAAGAUGACCAGCGGCAAGCUGACCGGGACUGGUACAUGAUGGACGAGGGCUAUGAUGAGUUCCAUAAUCCUCUGGCCUCCUCCUCGGAAGAAUAUGUCCGGAAGCGGGAGCAGCACCUGCAGAAACAGAAGCAGAAGCGCAUCUCUGCCCAGCGCAGGCAGAUCAACGAGGACAAUGAGCGCUGGGAGACGAACCGCAUGCUGACCAGUGGUGUGGUGCACCGCCUGGAGGUGGACGAGGACUUUGAGGAAGACAACGCUGCCAAGGUCCACCUCCUGGUCCACAACCUGGUGCCUCCAUUCUUGGACGGGCGCAUCGUCUUCACCAAACAGCCGGAGCCCGUGAUUCCUGUCAAGGACGCCACGUCAGACCUGGCCCUCAUUGCCCGCAAGGGCAGCCCGCUGGUGCGCAAGCAUCGGGAGCAGAAGGAGCGCAGGAAGGCGCAGCACAAGCACUGGGAACUGGCCGGCACCAAACUGGGGAACAUCAUGGGCAUCAAGAAGGAGGAAGAGGAGGAGGCGAGCCAGGCCAUGGCGGAGGACGGCCCAGUGGAUUACAGGACAGAGCAGAAGUUCGCUGAUCACAUGAAAGAGAAGAGCGAAGCCAGCAGCGAGUUUGCCAAGAAGAAGUCGAUUGCGGAGCAGAGGCAGUAUCUGCCCAUCUUUGCUGUGCAGCAGGAGCUCUUGACGGUCAUUCGGGACAACAGCAUUGUGAUAGUGGUAGGAGAGACGGGCAGUGGCAAAACCACGCAGCUGACUCAGUACCUACACAAAGACGGCUACACCGACUAUGGCAUGAUAGGCUGCACUCAGCCCCGCCGGGUGGCUGCGAUGUCUGUGGCCAAGCGGGUCAGCGAGGAGAUGAGCGUGAGCCUGGGCGAAGAGGUGGGCUACGCAAUCCGUUUUGAGGACUGCACUUCGGAGAAUACUGUGAUCAAAUACAUGACGGACGGGAUCUUGCUGCGCGAGUCUUUGCGCGAAGCGGACCUGGACCACUACAGCGCCAUCAUAAUGGACGAGGCCCAUGAGCGCUCCCUCAACACGGAUGUGCUUUUUGGCCUCCUGCGUGAGGUGGUGGCCCGGCGCUCAGACCUCAAGUUGAUUGUCACCUCGGCCACAAUGGAUGCCGAGAAGUUUGCUGCUUUCUUUGGCAAUGUCCCCAUUUUCCACAUCCCCGGCCGGACUUUUCCUGUCGACGUCCUCUUCAGCAAGACCCCGCAAGAGGACUACGUGGAGGCCGCCGUGAAGCAGGCUCUGCAGGUGCAUCUCUCCAGCGCCCCAGGAGACAUCCUGAUUUUCAUGCCUGGCCAGGAGGACAUUGAAGUCACCUCGGAGCAGAUUGUGGAGCAUUUGGAGGAGCUGGAGAACGCCCCUGCCCUGGCUGUGCUGCCCAUCUACUCCCAGCUGCCCUCUGAUCUGCAGGCCAAGAUCUUCCAGAAGGCGCCGGAUGGAGUCCGGAAGUGCAUCGUGGCCACCAACAUUGCAGAGACUUCCCUGACAGUCGAUGGGAUCAUGUUUGUGAUCGACUCUGGUUACUGCAAGCUGAAGGUCUUCAACCCACGGAUUGGCAUGGAUGCCCUGCAGAUCUACCCCAUCAGCCAGGCCAAUGCCAACCAGCGCUCUGGCAGAGCUGGCAGGACAGGCCCUGGUCAGUGCUUCAGGUUGUACACUCAGAGCGCAUACAAGAACGAGCUGCUGACCACGACCGUGCCGGAGAUCCAACGCACCAACCUGGCCAAUGUCGUGCUGCUGCUGAAGUCUCUGGGGGUGCAGGACCUGCUGCAAUUCCACUUCAUGGACCCUCCCCCGGAAGACAACAUGCUGAACUCCAUGUACCAGCUGUGGAUCCUGGGGGCGCUGGACAACACAGGAGGGCUGACGUCAACGGGGCGCUUGAUGGUCGAAUUCCCCCUGGACCCCGCCCUCUCCAAGAUGUUGAUUGUCUCCUGUGAUAUGGGCUGCAGCUCAGAGAUCCUGCUGAUCGUCUCCAUGCUCUCCGUUCCAGCCAUCUUCUACCGGCCCAAGGGCCGGGAGGAGGAGAGCGACCAAGUCCGGGAGAAGUUCGCUGUUCCUGAGAGCGAUCACCUGACCUACCUGAACGUCUACCUGCAGUGGAAGAACAACGGGUACUCCACCCUCUGGUGCAACGAACACUUCAUCCAUGGCAAGGCCAUGCGCAAGGUGCGAGAGGUGCGGGCCCAGCUGAAGGACAUCAUGGUGCAGCAGCGCAUGAGCUUGGCUUCCUGCGGCACCGACUGGGAUGUUGUCCGCAAGUGCAUCUGUGCCGCUUACUUCCACCAGGCUGCCAAGCUGAAGGGCAUUGGGGAAUACGUCAACAUCCGCACAGGGAUGCCCUGCCACUUGCAUCCCACCAGCUCGCUGUUUGGCAUGGGCUACACGCCAGACUACAUUGUCUACCAUGAGCUUGUCAUGACCACCAAGGAGUACAUGCAGUGCGUCACGGCUGUGGACGGCGAGUGGCUGGCGGAGCUGGGGCCCAUGUUCUACAGCAUCAAGCAUGCCGGCAAGUCACGGCAGGAGAGCCGUCGGCGGGCCAAGGAGGAAGCCUCUGCCAUGGAGGAGGAGAUGGCCCUGGCAGAGGAGCAGCUGCGUGCCCGCCGGGAGGAGCGAGAGCGCCGCAACCCCACGGGCAGUGUCAGGUCGACCAGGAUCUACACCCCCGGGCGCAAGGAGCAGGGCCACCCGGGGACCCCCCGGCACCCCCCCGCUCGCUUCGGCCUGUAGCCACCUCAGAAGUCCCC